AGGUCCAGAUCCGAUCGGUCCACUGCGGUGCCUGUUGGAAUAUCUCAUUCCGGUGUCGGUCAAUCAACGGCACGGGCCCAGAAAGGCAAAAUACACCGGUAGUUGAAGUGAUUUAAGUAAACUGCUGCGCCAACAUGUUGGGUUUUAAUCAGUGAGGCUGUUGUCAUAACGAGGCCCACAUUGAAAGUCCUCCCUUCACCAAAGUGACUCAUUCCAAGCCCGAUGAGCCGCCUCUGCUGCAAGUCGACGACCGGCGGAAACCCAGAAGAGACUGUCUGUGCUGUGGAUCAGCAGCAGCCGGAGUCGGCACGCCAGUAUUUUUAGCACUUCCGUCGAGUCGCCCCGUCACUCGAGGUAAAACCCUGCCGCUGUAGCUCCUCGGCAGAGCGCAACCCUCCGAACAACGAGAGCUAUUCUAGACCACAGGACAGCUGUUUGUGGUCCAGGUGUGUGUGUGUGUCACGGGGACAGAAGGAAAGAAGACGAGAAGAACACAGGGGUGGGUCACAUUAAAAGGACAGAGCAGAGUUCGUGUCUUUUUGUCGUAGAGAAAAUGAUUUUCCACAGUAGGUGAAACGCAAACAAUGAGAGCAGGCCACCAAUCAGGAACGUGAUACACAAAGAGGAUGAAAUAACGGAAGUCUGCGUCAGUCCUGCGUUGAUGUCUGCGUCAGUCCAGCAUCCAUGGCCGUGUGGACGCAUCAGUCUGGUCUGCGGACUCCUCCUCCUGGCCUCCUCACCCCUCCUCGCUGCAGGCAGACUGAGCAACUGCACCCACCCUCUGGUGCCAGAGCACGGAGGUUUCCGCUGUGAUCCGUCUCCGUGUCGCGGUUUCCCUCAGAAGAGCUCCAUCCAUCUCUUCUGUGAGCCCGGAUACCGCAUCAACAAGGUCCGUGUGUCCAGGUGCCGCCACGGGAGGUGGCAGCCUCCGAUUCCUGCCUGCAUCCCUAUCAAAGACGGUCCUAACGUGAGCCCGGACGACAGACCGAAUGACUCCAUGCCCAGCAUGGCCACAACGGCGGUGGGCGUUUCCAUCUUCCUGCUCACCACCACCGCCUGCCUGGUUGUCAAGUCCCGCCUCUACCCCUGUCAAUCACACAGCAGCCGUCGCUCCUCAGACCAGCUGGACCUGAUGGUGGACAGACUCCCCGUCACCCUCCCCUCCUACGAGGAGGCGGUGUACGGCAGCUGGGGGCAGCGCCUCCCCGCCUGCUCAGCGCCCGGGCCCACCCAGCUCCUGUUGGCUCAGGAGGCCCCCGGCCGUCACCAGUCGUCUCUGAACAACCAAACGGACGGCACCCGCCGCCCGCUCCUGUCCACCCAAAGCCCGGACAACCCCCCGCCGCCUUACGAGGACGUCCAGUCCUCACAUCCCAGAGACAGGAUGAGUGACGGGGAGGUCCGGCAGCUACACGUGGCCCUUUCAGAUGACAAGGACUCUUGAUUGACGGAGCGUCGGGUUACUAUGUGAUUACGUGUCUAGUGCAGUUGUUUCGAAAUGAAAGCCCGAUUUGGAUUGACAUCAAACGGCCGCAGUGUUUACUCUGCAGAUGACAGCUGAAAAGAGCAAAAACCCAGACUGACAGCAGCUUUUCCCUGAUUGGCCGCAGCUCACCAGCGUCGGGACUCUCUGUCCUAUCACAGGCUAUUCUGCUCGAAGCCGAUAAGCUACGAUUGACCGGCUGCCGGGUCGCAAAAACCCGACCGAAGAGAACUAAAGUCCAUUCUUGAAUGAAACGUUGAUUGUACAGUGAAUUGUAGUGUAUGAAUGUACGUGACAGGAGAGGGAGCUUUUGUGCACAUGUAUCUCGCUGUCAGGUAAAAGCCUUGUAUCCAGAAUGUUACCUCUUCAGGAACGAAACCGCCUUGUUUUUGGUGUGAUGAGAAUGUAUUUCAUUGUUAAAAAAUGUUUCUUUUUAAUGUAUCCCUCAGUUUAAAUACGAAAAUCCUUCAAAAACAAAAAUAUGAACCAAACUUAUGAGGUUUUCACAGGAUGGCAGUAAUAUAAAAUUGUGUGCGUGAGUGUGCGUGUGUGUUUUCAGUGUUGCUCUGGAGACGUUGUCCAUCCUUCCCGUCAGUGACGGGGCUGAUCGAGGCUUCUUUCACGGAGUCAGUGGCGUGCUGUUACAGAAACCUGUGCGUUUCCACGGCAACUGACUCUAUUCCAUGUCUGUUUGCGACUUUUGUGCUUUUUAGCCCAAUUGGACCGUCGUGCACACGUCGCUGAUUUGAAGCCAGCGUGGUGCACAGACACUGGGGUGAUAGCCGCUGACCUGGAGUCAGGUCAGCAUCGGGUUGGGAUGUUACUUUUAAAAAGUGAAUUUUGUGUUCGGCAGAUAUUUAGAGACUUGAAAAAUGCUUGGAAACCAAACUGUCAGUUUGAAGUUUUUUCUCCUGUGUUCAUUCAGUGCGGAGUGAAGCAAAACACACACUUGGGUGCUUGUAUCGUACUAAUCAUCCGAAUAAGAGAGUUUCCAAAAAUCAGACAAACCAAGAAAACGCACAGAUUUGGGACCAAAAACUGAAACUCGUCGGUGAUCAGAUGUGAAUCCGGGAAACACUGACUCUCUCUGUGUCCUCACCCCCCCGCGCUGGUCCCUCUCUCUAAUUCUUAGACUUCUGCAGACUGAUUGACGCCUUCACAGACCAUGAAUGUUAUUUAUGUUUCAUUUAGUGGCAAAAAUAUAUAUAUAUAUAUAUAUUCAUUAUUAUAUGGAUUAUAAUAUUUACAGAAUGAUUCUUUGUACAUUGUAUUAUUGCACAGAAUUCUAUGAUG